GUCGUGUGGGUCCAGAUCGCGCCUCAUUGGUCCGAGUGGUGAUGAGGUUCCAGAGGAGCAAGCUCAUCCUCAGCGCCAUCGGAGCACUCCUCCUGCAGACCCUGCUCGCCAUCGGGCCCGACAUAGACAUAUACAAGACUGACAUUUUACAGACUGACAUAAAGUCCAAGACAGGACAGUCUGUGCUGGUGCAUCUGAUCCUGGGUUAUGUGGAGUCUGAGGAGGGCAGGUCGGUGGGCUUCAGCGUGGGCCUGUGUCUGGCUCUCCUGGCGACGGAGUCCGCUAGGCUCUUCUUGCUGUCCCUGUUGUGGGCCGCCAACAUCCACAUGGCCAUACGCAUGAAAGGAGCCUUCAGCAUGCUGGCCUUUCGCAAGAUCACCCGCAUACGAGCCCUCACUACCGUCUCAGUGGGAGAGGUGAUCAACGUGCUGACGGUGGACAGCUAUCGCAUGUACUCUGCGUUUGUGUUUGGGCCGUUUCUCUUUGUGGUCCCUUCUCUGCUGCUGGCCUGUGCAGCCUUCGCCUGUUACAUACUGGGGUACUCCGCACUCAUAGGGGUCGCUGUUUACCUGGCCUUCCUGCCUAUACAGGUCGGCUUUGGCAAGAUCAUCAAGUUUUUCCAAUGUAAGGUUGUCAAGGAAACCGAUAGCCGCGUGCGCACCAUGAACGAGCUGCUGACCUGUAUCAAACUCAUCAAGAUGUACGCCUGGGAAGAGUUCUUCUGCAAGAAGAUCUCCGAUAUCCGCAAACAGGAGGAGAGUCUGUUGCAGUGUGUUGGUUAUGUGCAGAGCAUGAACACCUCCAACGUCAUCAUCACCCCUGCGCUGGCCACCAUCUUUACCUUCACCAUACACACUCUGCUGGGCCUGCCGCUGCUCCCCUCCACGGCCUUUACCAUUAUUGCAGUAUUCAACUCCAUGCGGUUCUGUCUGGGUCUUUUGCCCUUCGGUGUCAAGGCUCUUGCUGAAGGCCUCAUCUCCAUUGGACGACUCAAGAGGAUGCUGCUGCUGAGGAACCCUGAGGCGUACGUGGAGCAGGGGAGAGGCCUGGACGCCGCUGUCAUCAUGGAGGACGCAUCCUUCUCCUGGACACCACCAACACACACCUCCCACACACACACCUCCAAUAGCACACACACCUCCAACACACACACCUCCAAGGGCACACACACCUCAAAGGGCACACACACCUCCAACACACAUACCUUCGACACACACACCUCCAACACACAUACCUUCGACACACACACCUCCAAGGGCACACACACCUCCAACACACAUACCUUCAACACACACACCUCCAAUGGCACACACACUUCCCAUGACACACACACCUCCAACACACACAUCUCUGAACACACAGACAUGUCUAACACCAACAGCUCCAGCACACACACCUCCAGUGACUCAAGCCACGACACACAGACAUCGGGGGACAGCCUCGCCCUGAGACACCUCAGCUUCACCCUGUCCAAGGGGCAUCUGCUGGGAGUGUGUGGGAAUGUCGGCAGUGGGAAAAGCUCCCUCAUCAGCAGCAUCCUGGAACAGAUGCACCUGCAUCAGGGUCGUGUGUGUGUAGAGGGCAGUCUGGCGUACGUCUCUCAGCAAGCCUGGAUCUUCCACGGAACCGUCAGAGACAACAUCCUCAUGGGAGAAGCCUUCGACCAACACAGGUAUGAUGAGGUCAUCAGAGCCUGCUCUCUUCAGCCAGAUUUGGCCACACUGCCCCACGGUGAUCAGACUGAGAUAGGAGAGCGUGGUAUAAACCUGUCGGGGGGGCAGAAGCAGCGCAUCAGCGUGGCCCGCGCAGUGUACUCGGGACGGGACAUCUACCUCCUGGACGACCCUCUUUCUGCCGUGGACGCCCAUGUGGGGAAGCACAUCUUCCAGGAGUGCAUCAAGAAGAGUCUCAGAGGCAGAUCAGUCAUCCUAGUCACACACCAGCUACAGUAUCUGCAGUUCUGUGACGAGGUGUUGCUAUUGGAGGAUGGAGAAAUCAAGGAGGCGGGGCCACAUUCUUCCCUCUUGAAGGCUAACGGUCGCUACGCUCAGCUCAUCGCUAACUACCACAUGGAGCACACACAGGAAAAUCUGACAGCAGGCUGUGAAAGUGGUCGGGAGAGUCACCGUUCACUUACUAGUGACCAGUGUUGGGAGCAGAAUGAGGAGGCUGCAGCUGAUUCGUUCUCAGAUGAAACUCCACAGCCAAUAGGGGAUAAGUCUGUCAAGAAUGGAAUCUUAAACACUGCCUUUAACAUGAUGGAUGAAGGGAAGGAUGGACAAAGCGUGGAGGAACGUCCUGUCAAGACAGAGAAUCAGUUGGUUAAACAGGAAGCUGCUCAAGAGGGAUCAGUAACGUGGAGGACGUACAAACAGUACUGCAACGCUGCAGGAGGCUUUUUCCCGCUGUCGUUGGUGUUUCUGGGGUUCAUGCUGCUUGUGGGGACGACGGCCUUCAGCGACUGGUGGCUCAGCUACUGGCUACACCAGGGAUCAGGGGAUACCACAACGGGACACCUCAUGAGUGGUGGUAACGUGACUGCUGGCAGCAUCACAGACAACCCUGCCCUUGACUACUACCAGCGUGUGUACGGCUUCACCAUACUGCCCAUGCUGAUGGUCAGCGUCCUCAGGGCAUACUCCUACACACAGGUCACGCUGCGCGCCUCCUCCAAGCUACACAAUGCCAUGUUUGACAAGAUCUUGUUCAGUCCGAUGAGCUUCUUCGACACCACCCCCACCGGCCGUCUGGUGAACCGCUUCUCUAAGGACCAAGAGGAGCUGGACGGGGGGCUGCCCCUCAAGAUGGAGGUCUUCCUCCAGUGCGGUCUGAUCAUCACCUCCAUCCUCAUCACCAUCGUAGCCGUCUUCCCAAUGAUGCUCCUCGUCGUUGCCCUCCUAGGCCUCAUGCUCACACUCUUUCUCUAUAUUUUCCAGAGGGGCAUCCGUGUGCUGAAGCGGGAGGAGAAUGUGAGCCGCUCUCCCUGGAUCUCUUUGACCACCUCUGUCAUACAAGGCCUCAGCACCAUACACGCCUACGACAAGAGGGACCAGUACAUACACAUGUUCAGGGACAUGACAGACACCAACUCCAACCUCUACCUCUUGUGGAACUCCAGUACACGGCUGCUGUGCAACUUCGUGGGCUUGCAGUCGGCCCUCAACAUCUUCAUAGUGGCGCUGUUCACCAUGCUCACGCCCAACGACACCAUUAACGCCUCUAUGAAGGGUUUAGCCCUCACUUACACUAUUAAUCUAACCAAGUCGUUGGCGUAUUCGAUACAGCAAUCUUCGGAGGUGGAAGCCAAAUUCACAUCUGUGGAGAGACUGCUGGAGUACAUCACGGGGUGUGUGUCGGAGGCUGCGAGGCUUGUGAAGGGGGUGUGUCUUCCAGAGGGUUGGCCUCAGCAGGGACAAAUCAACUUCCGUGACUACAGCAUGCGUUACCGUGACGACACGCCCAUCAUCCUCAAGCAGAUGAACCUGUCAAUCAGGGCCAGAGAGAAGCUCGGCAUCGUGGGACGCACCGGAUCUGGCAAGUCGUCUCUUGGCGUGGCCCUGUUCCGGCUGUGUGAGCCUGCAGGGGGAGCUGUGGUGAUUGACGGUGUGGACUGCAGCAGCGUCGGCCUCCAGCAGCUCAGGAGCCAGCUGUCAAUCAUCCCUCAGGACCCCACGCUCUUCACUGGCACUGUCAGGUAUAAUCUGGACCCCUUUGACAAGUACAGCGAUGAGCAGAUCUGGUUGGCUCUGGAGAACACCUACAUGAAGCAAUCGAUUGCCAGACUGCCAGAGCGGUUGCAGGCUCCAGUGGUGGAGAAUGGAGAGAACUUUUCAGUGGGGGAGAGACAACUCAUGUGCAUGGCCAGAGCGCUGUUGAGGAACUCAAGGAUCAUCUUGUUGGAUGAAGCGACAGCCUCCAUCGACUCGGAGACAGACUCUCUGGUGCAGCAGACGAUACGAGAGGCCUUCAGAGACUGCACCGUGCUCACCAUAGCUCACCGCCUCAACACCGUACUACACAGCGACCGAAUACUGGUCAUGGACAAUGGACAGGUUGCAGAGCUGGAUUCUCCAGAAGUACUGAUGCAGCGGCCCGACUCCCUCUUCUCCUCCCUGCUGUCGGCUGCCAACCAGGUCGAGACGUGAUGAUGGAAACACACACACACACACGCACAUACACAUGCACAUGCA